UCAAGGUGGCUCUUGGCAGGCUGCAGCAGCAGCAGAGCUGGAGGCUCGGGGGAUACAGGAAGGGCCCCCCCAGCGCAGGUGUGGUGGGUGGGGGGGCUGCCUCCCCCGGGCACAUCCGGCUGGCAGCCCACUGUGGCGAGGUGUGUGACGCCAGAAGCGGAGGCCAGGCUCAUAUUUGGGCACGGAGCAGGUGAUUGGAGGCCGCGGCCCCAGAGGCGGCCGAUGAGGCACCUGCUAAAGGCUGCCCGGCUGCUGCUGCCUGCAUUGGCUCGGGCGCUGGCGAGACGUGGCCUGGCUGCGCUGGCUCGGGGCCGCUGCCAUGGGGCCGCUGCUGGCGCUGGCGCUGCUCGUGUGCGUGCAGCUGUGUGCGGGCUCCGGGGAGCUGCGUCUGGUGGGCGGCGGCGGGCGCUGUGCCGGGCGCGUGGAGCUGGAGCACGGCGGGGAGUGGGGCUCCGUCUGCGUCUUCGACUCCGACCGGGAAGCCCGAUGGGCCAGCGUGGUGUGCCGGCAGCUGGGCUGUGGCCAGGUGGCCAGGGCGUCCCCGUACGCCCCGUUCGGUCAGGGCACCGGGCGGAUCUGGCUGCAGCCCGUGUUCUGCAACGGCACCGAGAAUGCCCUGGAGGAGUGUCCGCACUUCGGAUGGGGACAGCACUUCUGCGGCCACGAGCGGGAUGCGGGGGUGACAUGCACAGAUGCCGGGGAACUGAGGCUAGCAGGCGGAAACAGUCCGUGUGCCGGGAGGGUGGAGGUGAAGCUAGAGGGAUGCUGGGGCUCGGUGGGAGACGACAGCUGGGACAUGGAGGACGCCGAGGUGGUUUGCCAGCAGCCGGGCUGUGGCUCGGCUGCCGGUGCCUACUUGCCCGCUGAGAGCUUCGGUAAACGGGACGGGCCCGUCAGUCUGGCCCUGGUGGACUGCAAAGGAUCCGAGGCCACUCUGUGGGACUGUGAGAUCCGUGGCUGGGGCCCCUAAAAUGUCAACAUCCACCAUUGGGACGGCGCCGUUGUGUCCCAGUUUACCUGCGCUGCUCCUGCAGGAUUUUCUCGGCUGGUCGGAGGUGCCGGAGCCUGUGCCGGGCAGCUGGAGGUGCGGCAGGGCCGGGCCUGGCUUGGUGUGUGUGAGGAUCAGGUGGACAUGAAGGCGGCCCAGGUGGUGUGCAGGGAGCUGGGCUGCGGUGAGGCGCUCGCCGUGGGCGGCAGUGGCCGGGUUGGGGCGGCACCGGGAUCGCUCUGGGACGGGGGCUUCCAGUGCAAUGGCACCGAGCCCCUCCUGAGCGCCUGCGCUCGGCAUCCGGCCCCCAGGCAGGGCUGCAGCGGCCGUGCCAGCAUCAUCUGCUCCCCCUACACGGGCUUCCGCCUGGGGAACAGCAGCUCAGGAUGCUCCGGGCGAGUGGAGGUGGCCGUGAGGGGGACGUGGGGCUCCGUGUGCGCCAGCGAGUGGGAGCUGCCCGAUGCGCACGUCCUGUGCCGCCACCUGGGCUGCGGCCGCGCCCUCGCCGUGCCCCCGGGAGGCUCCUUCGGCAGCGGGGAGGGGCCGCUGCGGCCGGACACCUUCGGCUGCAGCGGGAGCGAGCGGCACCCGGGCCAGUGCCCCGUGUCUGUGCUGGGGAAGCCGCCCUGUGCCCCCGGGAACGCCGCUGCUGUCAACUGCUCAGGCGUUGUCAAGUCCGUGCGGCUGGUGGAGGGUGAGACCCGGUGCGAUGGGUGGCUGGAAUUGGCCAUAGACAACGGGACGUGGCGCCGUGUGCCAGGAGACAUUUUGUUCAUACGGAAUUUCAGUAAGGUUUGCAGAGACAUGGGCUGUGGAGGACUGGACAUGACUCGGAUGGUGGAUGGCACGAUUUACCUGGACGACAUCAACAAGACGGAGAGGGUCAUCAUGAAUAGUGUGCUCACAACCAUCCAGGAGAUGACCACAGCGCUGACCAAGGUGCCUGAAUGGCUGGGCGAGUAUUAUUUACAGGACCAAGUUUCCCCUGAUACUUUGUGGUGGAUGAAAACUGCGCCAGCUGGAAUCCAUCACGGGGCUGAAAUCAUCUGCUCAGGCAGCCGGCAGGUGAGGCUGGUGGGGAGCUCAGGGCGCUGUGCCGGCCGCGUGGAGGUCUAUUCCGGUGGCAGCUGGAGCAGCGUGUGCCAGGAAGGCUGGGAGCUGCAGGACGCUGCCGUUGUGUGCCGGGAGCUGGGCUGUGGCCAGGCCCUGGAGGCGCCGAGCUGGGCGCGCUUCGGUGCCGGCACGGGGCCGCUGUGGCCGUACAUGGCCGAGUGCUCCGGGAGCGAGGAGUCUCUCUGGGAAUGCGGGCGCUCGGAACAGCGCGAGUGCGGGCGCGGCCUUGGGGCAGGGGCCGUGUGCUCAGAGCAGAUCUCGGUGCGGCUGGCAGGCGGCCGUGGGCGCUGCCGUGGCUACCUGGAGGUGUCCUAUAACGGCACCUGGGCCCGCGUGUGCUCCAACGGCACCAGCACCGGCACCGCCGCCGCCGUGUGCCGCCAGCUGGGCUGUGGGCACCGGGGCUGGCUGUCGGCCGUCCCCGGCCAGCAGGCGUCCCGUGCCUGGCUGGCCUGGGUGGGCUGCGAGGACGGGGCCCGCUCACUCUGGGGGUGCCCCUCGGCACCCUGGCAGCUGCAGAGCUGCGGCGCUGGCGGGCACGCCCACGUGGAUUGUGAGGAGGACAGCGAUGGCAGCACCGAGACAGACACUACCCCAUAUCCGGAGGGUGCCAGCAGCACAGGCCAUGGCAGAGCUGCAGAUGCCAUCUCGAACGCUGUCUAUGAGGAGCUGGACUACACGGGCAUGCCGGAGUACCAGGAGGUGCCCAGUGGCCCGGGUUCCCUGUCACAGGGAUGGGUCAAGAAGCUGCCGUAUUCCAGCGGGGACAGUGUGGAGGGCAGUGACACUGAGGCAGCCCCAGAGCCCCCUGCCUGGCCCCAGCAAGGAAUCCCGGAUGGCUACGACGAUAUCCUGGAUUUGCCACAGGAUCCCCCUGCUCCAGGCAGUGGGGACAUGUCCAAGGGAGUGGUACAGCAGAGGUGGAUCUGUGCCCUCCCCACAGUAUCAUCAAGGGACCCCUCGCAACAGCCUCUGGGGCACUCGGACUAUGAUGAUGUCGGCAGCAGUCUGUAAAAAACAGAGACAGAAAGUUGGAUAGAAUAG